GCCGGUACCUGCUGCUGUGUCCAGUUUCGAAAUGAUCAUCGCUCGUGGAAGAAAACAGUUCCAGGCAUUCUGUUGGUGGAUUCUGUCUAUCUGGUGCCAAAUGAAGCUGCACCUAUGCAACGGACAAUGCAUCAGCCGUACCUUUUACGUCUGCGAUGCCGGUGUGAUCAACAUGACCACGGACGGAAGGCUGAAGCUGACGCAGCUAGCUGAAACUGAAACGGUCGUCUACGUUCAGAAGCUGAUGGUAGCCAUCAGUCCAUCGGGACCGUUCCUGGCGACGAUUGGCAACUUGUUCGAUUCCAUCACGUAUGCUUUCUACCGGGAACCUACUUUCCUCGUACCGGCGGAAACCAUUAUCCAAGACAUCUAUUUCAUGCGUGCAUCCAAUCUGCGUGCGUUCAUAGCCGGACCGAACACACGCCUAGCAAGCCUUCGAAUUGAACAGUCCGCGUUGGAUCGUUUGCCGCCGACUUUGCCCAAAAUGACACGCUUGCAAACGCUCGUCAUAAAGAGUGGUAUGCUGUCCGCACUACGGCUCGAUAUGUUGAUAGGAAACCAGAAUCUAACCACCCUCGAGCUGUCGUACAAUCGGAUACAGCAAAUAUUCCCAAUCACCGGCCGGCCGGGUACGACGCUGAGCAUCGUAAACUUGGAGCUUAUGGGCAACCAGCUGGAACACUUAGACAUGAGCGUAUUUGCAUCGAUGGCAAGCCUCGAGCUACUUUACAUUUGGGAAAAUCGCUUAACACACCUGCAAGCGUCGGUACCGGUCACCAUCGGCAAGCUGUCCACACUCGACGUCACUCACAACAAGCUAGCAUCACUCGAUCUGAGAAAUCUAACGCUUCCAAACCUCGCCACACUAUCGCUUGGACGCAACGCGUUCAGGCAGCUGCCAGUGCUUCCCAAAACGCUGCCGGCACUUCAACAUCUGUCACUCAAUCACAACAAUCUGACACAGAUGGAUUUGAGCAACUUCCGCUCGUACCGAACACUGACCCAGCUAUACGCUGUAUCCAACCAAAUCAUCACGGUGCGUACCUCAGCUCGCGUAACGCUACCUAUCGUUUGGUUGAAUUUCAGCGGCAACAGGAUCACCUCAUUCAACAUCACCGGGUGUGACAUGCCAAACAUUACUUCAGUGAAUCUGGCCAACAAUCGUCUCACGAUGAUCCCUCCGGCCGUUAAACGAUACCCAAAAAUGCGGCUAUCGAUGGACGGGAACCCGCUCGGCUGCGACACUCUGCUGCCUUACAGGAACGAGCUGCAGAGUUCCCGUCUUAGGAAGGAUCAGAGAUCUCUCUCACUACCAUGUGAUACGACAUCUUCGUUUUUAUUGGAUGAACAAAUUAAGGUGUGCUGUGGUGGCUGAAGUCGUUUGUUUGUAAGUAAUUUGGCGAUCGAUUGCAUACAUUCAA